GUUGCGGGGCGGACCGGGGCGGGCGCGGGCCGCCAUGGCGUCGCCCCCGCUGUCGGCGGCGGGCGGGAGCGGCGGCGAGCUCAGCUCGGGCUCCGAGGCGGCGGCCACGGGCGCGGCGCUGCCCGACCGGGACCUGCCCGCGCUCUUCGAGCAGGCGGCCGAGCGGCUCCCCUCGCUGCUGCCCGCGGCCAGCAAGGAGCAGCUGCUCUAUCUGUACGCGCGCUACAAGCAGGUGAAACUUGGAACCUGUAACACCCCCAAGCCAAGCUUCUUUGACUUUGAAGGAAAGCAGAAAUGGGAGGCUUGGAAAGCCCUGGGAGAUACCAGCCCUCACCAAGCUAUGCAGGAGUACAUCGCUGCAGUGAAAAAACUCGACCCCAGCUGGAAUCCACAGACACCAGAGAAGAGGGGAAAGGAAAGCAAAACUGUAUUUGGAGGCCCAGUCAUCAGCUCAUUAUAUCAAGAAGAAGAAAUAAUCAGGGAAGAGGACAAGAACAUUUUUGAUUACUGCAGAGAAAACAACAUUGACUACGUAACCAAAGCCAUUCAAUCAAAAAAAGUGGAUGUGAAUGUCACAGAUGAGGAGGGACGGGCUCUGCUCCACUGGGCGUGUGACAGAGGACACAAGGAGCUGGUUUCAGUUCUCUUACAGAACGCUGCUGAUGUGAACAUCCAGGAUGGGGAAGGCCAGACUGCACUCCAUUAUGCUGCCACCUGCGAGUUCUUGGACAUCGUGGAGCUGCUGCUGCAGGCGGGAGCCGACCCCGGGCUGCGGGACCAGGAGGGCUGCCUGCCCGAGGAGGUGACGGACUCCAAAGCCAUCACCCGGGCUCUGCAGCAGCACGGCCCCGGCGAGCCCUGACCCCGGGGCACAGAGGUGCUCCGCAAUAAACACCCCUUCCCCCCCUCCCUGCCGCCCUCCCCAAACACCUCGGGGGUUCCAGGGGACCUUUUAAGGCACUGGGGUGCACCUCGGGGUCUGGCUGGGCUCUCCAGCACGAGGGCCAAGCGCACGCCCUGAGCAGAAUGGCAUCAGAGCUUGGCGUGCUCUGACAUUCAUCAGUAUUUGAGGGGGGAGGGAGAGGGCCUGGAGGAGGCCCCAAGUGUUAUUUUAAUGUCUCAAACACGAGUACUGUAUGGGCUGUCUCACCAGAGCAGCGUGGGCUGCUCCGUGGGGAUGCAGGGCCAGGUGAGAUGCUCGUCUCUCCCGUUCAGGCUGAAUUUUGGGUUGUUUUUUUGGGUUUUUUUCCCUGGGUCCAAACAAAUAAUAUAAAUAAAAGCACAGUGUUGGGAUCAA